UUGGAUUCCGAGAAAAUAAAAAAAAUGGGGGAGAAAAGUGGAAUUUUGGAGAGAAGCAAUAGUAAGAAGAAGAGGAGUGGGGGUAUAAAGGGGAUUUUCAUGCACGCCGACGCCGUCGACAUAUUGCUCAUGACUUUGGGGUUCAUCGGAGCUUUGGGCGACGGCUUCACCAGACCUGUGGUUUUGCUCGUCGGUAGCCGCCUCAUGAACAGCAUCGGCAAUACCUCUAAAAUUUCCGCUUCCACCGCCAACAUGCAUCUUUUUCUUCACACCAUCGACAGAAAUGCAGCGAUUCUGUUGUACGUUGCUUGUGGGGCUUUUGUGGUUAGCUUUCUCGAAGGAUAUUGCUGGACGAGAACCGGCGAGCGACAGACGGCGAGAAUGAGAGCGAGAUAUCUUAAAGCAGUUCUCCGGCAAGAUGUUGGGUAUUUCGAUAUGCAUGUCACCGGCACCUCCGAAGUUAUCGCCUCUGUUUCCAGUGACACCUUAGUGAUUCAAGACGUUUUGAGCGAAAAGAUACCGAACUUUUUGAUGAACAUGGCCACAUUUCUUGGAAGCUACAUUGUCGGGUUUAUACUUUUAUGGCAGCAGGCGUUGGUGGGAUUACCGUUCGCGCUCUUGUUAUUGAUCCCCGGUCUUCUUUACGGCAAAACCUUGAUGGGUUUCGCGAGAGAAAGCAUGGAAGGGUAUAAGAAGGCCGGAAUGGUAGCAGAGCAGGCGGUUUCUUCGAUUAGAACUGUGUAUGCCUACGCUGGAGAAGAUAAGAUUAAAUCGGAUUAUUCGUCGGCGUUGGAAACUUCGGUGAAGUUGGGCCUAAAACAGGGACUUUCUAAAGGUUUGGCUAUCGGAAGUAAUGGAGUUUCGUUUGCAAUUUGGGCAUUCAUGGCUUGGUAUGGAAGUCGAAUGGUUAUGUACCAUGGCGCUCAAGGUGGGACUGUUUAUGCCGUUGGAGUUACCAUUGCCGUCGGCGGAUUGGCUGUUGGUACGAGUUUUUCCAACGUUCAAUACUUUUCCGAGGCAAUCGCGGCGGGGGAGCGAAUCAUGGAGAUCAUAAACAGAGUCCCUAAAAUCGACUCCGCCGACAUGGAAGGUCAAAUCCUCGAAAAUGUCUCCGGCGAGGUCCAAUUCAACAACGUCCAAUUCGCGUACCCGUCUCGCCCGGAGACCAUAAUUCUGAAGGAUCUGACCAUCACAAUUCCCGCCGGUCGCACCAUUGCCCUCGUCGGUGGCAGCGGCUCUGGCAAGUCCACCGUCAUCUCUUUGCUGCAGAGAUUUUACGACCCAUUGGGAGGGAGCAUUCUGAUGGACGGAGUGGGGAUUGAGAAGCUGCAAUUGAAAUGGCUGAGGUCCCAAAUGGGUCUGGUUAGUCAAGAGCCUGCCCUUUUUGCCACUUCCAUUAAAGAGAAUAUUCUUUUUGGAAAGGAGGAUGCCACCAUGGAUGAGAUCAUCGAAGCUGCUAAAGCUUCUAACGCUCAUAAUUUUAUUUCUCUGUUUCCGGAAGGAUAUGACACACAGGUGGGAGAAAGAGGAGUACAAAUGUCAGGAGGACAAAAGCAGAGGAUCGCCAUAGCUCGAGCCAUAAUCAAGCGUCCACGAAUCCUGCUCUUGGACGAAGCCACCAGCGCCUUGGACUCGGAAUCAGAGCGUGUCGUCCAAGAGGCACUCGACGAAGCCGCCAUCGGCCGCACCACCAUCAUUAUUGCUCACCGACUCUCCACCAUCCGCAACGCCGACCUCAUCGCCGUUAUCCAAAAAGGCAGAGUCAUGGAAACAGGGUCUCACAAUGACCUCAUCCAAAACCAAACCGGCCUUUACACCUCCCUCGUCCACCUUCAACAAACCGCGGCGCAGAACCAAUCCCCCAACGAACCCUCCUCAUCUUCCACACCCCACCUCGACAAAAUCAGAAGCUUUGGCAGCCGCCGCCUCUCCUUCCUUAGCCCCUCCAGCUCUGUAAACUCGGUCGGGUCAAACCCAGUUGACGAAACUACCGUUAUCGAGAAUAAACAAAAGCUCCCAAAGCCAUCGUUUAGGAGACUUCUGGCUUUGAACCUGCCGGAAUGGAAGCAAGCUAUAAUGGGGUGCAUUUCAGCGAUGCUGUUCGGCGCUGUGCAGCCUGUGUACGCGUUCUUGAUGGGAUCGGUGGUUUCAGUGUAUUUUUUAACAAGUCACGAGGAGAUUAAAACCAAGACGAGGACUUAUGCGCUUGGGUUUGUUGGGUUGGCUAUGUUCACUUUCCUCGUCAACGUUUGCGAACAUUACAACUUCGCUUACAUGGGAGAAUAUCUCACCAAAAGAAUUCGAGAGAUGAUGUUCUCGAAGAUCCUUACUUUCGAAGUUGGUUGGUUCGAUCAGGACGAGAAUUCUAGUGGCGCAAUUUGCACCCGACUCUCUCAAGAUGCCAACAUGGUUCGAUCCUUAGUGGGCGAUAGAAUGGCUCUAAUUAUGCAAACCAUUUCAGCAGUAAUAGUAGCAUUCACAAUGGGGCUUAUAAUUUCAUGGAGGCUGGCGCUUGUAGUAAUCGCAGCCCAACCAGCAGUAAUUAGCUGCUACUACACAAGACAAGUACUCCUACGGAAGAUGUCCAAAAACGCCACCAAAUCCCAAGAACAGUGCAGUAAGCUCGCCGCAGAGGCUGUCUCCAACCUCCGAACCGUCACGGCCUUCUCUUCACAAGACCGCAUCCUUAAAAUGCUCGAGAAGGCGCAAGAAGGCCCAACCCGACAAGGCAUUAAGCAAUCGUGGUAUGCCGGAAUUGGACUCGGCUGCUCCCAAAGCCUCACCAUUUGUACAUGGGCUUUGAACUUCUGGUACGGCAGCAAGUUAAUAUCCCAAGGCGAAACCACUGCUAAAGGUGUCUUCCAAACCUUCAUGGUUUUGGUUAGCAUCGGCCGUGUCAUCGCCGACGCUGGCAGCAUGACCUCAGAUCUUGCCAAAGGGUUCGGCGUGGUCAGUUCGGUUUUCGACGUUUUGGACCGGAUGACCAAAAUCGAACCGGACAACCCAGAAGGAUACAAACCGGAUAAAUUAACCGGCCGAAUCGAAUUCACAAAAGUGGAUUUCGCUUACCCUGCUCGACCGGACGCGAUGAUAUUCCGUGGGUUUUCAAUCAAAAUCGAGGCAGGUAAAUCCACGGCGUUGGUUGGGCAAAGUGGGUCGGGAAAAUCCACCAUAAUCGGGCUGGUGGAGCGAUUCUACGACCCGAUUAAAGGAACGAUCCAACUCGACGGUCGCGAUUUAAAAUCGUAUCAUCUCCGAACGCUAAGAAAACGCAUCGCAUUAGUGAGCCAAGAGCCGACGCUGUUCGCCGGAACAAUUAGGGACAACAUCGUGUACGGAUAUUCAGAAACGGCGGACGAAUCGGAGAUAAUCGAAGCGGCGAAGGCAGCGAACGCACACGAUUUCAUCUCGGGGUUGAAGGAUGGGUACGAGACGUUGUGUGGAGACAGGGGAUUGCAGCUGUCGGGAGGGCAAAAACAGAGGAUAGCAAUAGCGAGAGCGAUACUGAAGAAUCCGACGGUGCUGCUGCUGGAUGAGGCGACAAGUGCGCUCGAUGGGCAGUCGGAGAAAUUGGUGCAGGAGGCGCUGGAGAGAGUGAUGGUGGGGAGGACGAGCGUGGUGGUGGCGCACAGGCUGAGCACCAUACAGAAUUGCGACAUGAUUGCGGUUUUGGAUAAAGGGAAGGUAGUGGAGACUGGGAAUCACUCGUCGCUGAUGGGGAUUGGGGAAAAGGGAGCUUAUUAUGCUUUGGUUAAUUUGCAGAGUACAUCCCAUUAGAGUGUGUGUGUGUGUAUUGAGUUUCAAUCAAAUUGGUGGCACUGUAGAAUAGCUGGUAGCUCUAGUUUAACCACAGUCUUAGUCUUAUCUUUAAUCUGUAAUUUGGUAGAUUAAUAAAAAUAUCUCUAUUUUAUCUCAA